ACUCACUCACUUCCAUACUCCCUCCAAAAAAAAACUGGCAUUUUCUACGAAUGCCGAAACUCUUCCGAAACGCUACCGAAACUCCCCUGCCCGCUACGCACGGGUAGAGCCCAUCACAUCCGAUAUGGAAUCGACCGUUACGUCCUCCUCCUCUUCCCCUUUCCGCCACCAGAAAUCCCCGUCCUCGGGCCGGUUCCUCGGCCUCUUCUCAGAGCCGUCUAUCACCUCGGUGGGCCCCACAUCCGGCAUCGAGCUCGACGAGGACGAUGUCUUCUGGUCCGACGCCAGCUGCUCCGACGCCAGCAUAUCCUCCCGCCGCUCUGAAACGCCGCCGCCCCCUCCGUCUCCUAGCGAGAACGGGGUAGCAAGGUUCCGUCGCCCGCAGAAUUUCGGCAUCCUCGCUGCACUGCCCGACACCGCGGUCCACCGCCACGAUCGCGGCCCUUUCCUGCGCCGUCCGAUUGCGGCGUCGCCGCCGUCCUCCUCCAGGAUGAUCCCGUCAAUCCCGAGGCCGCAGCCUCUGACCGCGUCGGGGAAAUUCCACCAGUCGGCGCCCGUCAACGUCCCCAUGCUCCCGAUGGCGGCUGGCAGGAGGGAGGAUUCGGAGGGUUUUGAGGAGGGCGACGACAGGGAGGGUGAUGAUGAGAUGCUUCCGCCGCACGAGAUCGUCGCGAGGGGAUCCGCACGGUCGCCGAUGACGACAUUCUCGGUGCUGGAAGGGAAGGGCCGGACGCUGAAAGGGAGAGAUCUGCGGCGAGUGCGGAAUGCCGUCUUCCAGAAAACAGUUCACUCUUCAUUUGCUACUCCAAGGCUAGUCCACCAAUGUGGCUUCUCGAGUGGGGUUUUGCUCAAUCAGUUUUCUAAUGUGACUAGGCAAGAAAGAGCCAAACUGAAUGCAAUAUUGGUCCAUUUUUAUCCAAGCUGGGUAUGGUAUUGGUCCUCCUUGAGUUGCAUAAACAGUCUAAACUAAGUGUCACUAGCCAAACUUAAAUGUCAUGUUUGUUUUGCUCGGAAGUCUGUGUAGCGCCAAACAUCCAGAUGUUAGCUCGUAGAGUAUGUUUCUACUGUAAGUGAUUGAUGGAUAUGAUUCCACUACUGUUUUGAUGUUUCUCAAUGCUUGAGCCAUUUGCAUGCUUUGUAUUCCUACUUCGGAUUUAGGAAAAGUUUGGGUCAGUUGAGUAGCAUGCUCGGGAAAGUGGGUUACGUCCUUUUA